UUCGGAAAGCCCGGAGUAGUAGGGCAAAGUGAUUUGUUUACCCGCAACCUGGCAAAUUGACUCCACUCCGCAGACUCUGCUCCUGAUAACAGCGAGCCAUCAAUAGCGAGUCAAACAAUGUGGCCCUAAGGAUGGACAGCCAAUAUUGGAAGCCAUCGUUCAAGGUUUACGGGUUGAUCCUCACCCUGUGGAUCGCCUGGGCUCGAGGACAAAACGAUACUGCGCCAGUUGCCUUGGCUGGGAACCAGGAGCUAGCCGAUAAGGUGGACGUCACUGUGGUUUCUACGGUCUAUACACUGGCUUUCAGCCUUCCCGAUGAGACGGAAUAUGCCAUCGAUGGAGUCACCUGCCGCAAUGGAUCCGGAACGGAGACCAAAGCCAACGAAGCUAACGUGUGCGAAAACCUUAAUCCGUGCACCUUCUACUCGUGCGUGGUUUCCUUCCGGUCAACUGUCGUGGGUCACCACCCUCCUUCAGACCAAACGAUCUAUGCCUACACUGAGUAUAAACAGCCCAGGACCACAAUGACCGCGGUGGUGGCCACAGCGAACACCAUCAAAGUGACCUGGCAGACAACCGAUCGCGCCUGUGUGGAGUCCUUCGAAAUCACGGCCAAGUCAUCGGAGAACUCCAAGUCCGCCAUGCAGCUGAGCGACAAGAACUCGCAAACUUUUUACGAACUGAGUGCCUGUGUGACGCACACGGUGACCCUGGCCACCCGGAACAACGCCAGCAUAGUGGUGGACACGGAUGCCACCGAAGUGGACACCGAGUAUGCGGAGCCCGGUGAUCUCACCAUGAAUGUAACCAACCUCUCCAGUGGUAUUACGAUAGUCACUUGGGGCGAUCCCACCGAGAAGAACUGCAUCAGCAACUAUGUCUUCAAGUGGAGACGCGAGGAUUGUGGUAGGGAUACUUCCACCACUGAAGAACCCAGCACGGAAACAACCAACGACAUGGACUACGUCACUGCCACCACAAUGGAGACCACUCCGGAUGGUCCCGACACUGAAGUUCAGUGCGAUUGGAGCGACGUCUCCUCCGAUGGCAAGCUGAGGGAGUAUCUCCUAACCGACCUUCAAGGAUGCGAGCUUUACACCUUUCAAGUGUUCAUCAACGAGAACAACACUGCCAAGGCCUCACAGCAGUUCACUUCGGCUGAGAAGGUGGUCAGUGCCGUUUACGAGCCCAGUGCCACUGCGGACUCCACCCAGCUAAGCUGGACUUGGUCGGCUCCCCAAAAUCACCCCCGAUGUGUGGCCAACUACAGUGUGAAGCUGACGGGGCCCACUCAGCGCUCGGAGAACCAAACCUUCGAGCGGGUUACAGAGGAGAGGUCCGCCACCUUUGAGAACCUCGAUCCAUGCGGCAUAUACCUAGUGGAGAUUGUGCCCAUCCAGGUCAACGGCAGCUCGGGAGCUAGGUACCAGGAGCAGAGCACCGUUGGCGAGGAUCAGCCCACCGAGGUCCUGGAACCCGAGGUGGAUCCCGAAGCCUACUCCAUGGUGAUAAGCUGGAAGACGCCCGCCUACGCUGAUCUCUGCAUCGAUGGCUAUCGGCUCUCUGGCUGGAUGGACGACGGCAAGCUAGUCGAAGUCGAGGCGCUGAGUACAACUACUCAGAACACCACCGUGACCUUCGACAAGAAUCUCCUGGCCUGUCAGGAGUACAUCAUCCAGAUCAUCCCCUAUACCCUGCAAAGCCUCGACGGGCAGCUUAAACACAUACCGGUGGAGACCAAGGCAGCCAUAGUGGAUAGCUCCAAGGUUAAACUGGAAAUGAAGCAAGCUGGCUCCGAGUUCAUCGAGUUAACCGCCUUCAAUGCGGACUAUAACAACACUUGCGAGACGAUAUACGCCCUCUUCAGCUGCAAUGCCACCACCACAGUGCGAAAUCCCUACGCGGAGAGUUAUGUAAAGGGACACAGCAAGCAAGGCUUCAAUGCCAGUCUCAGUCCACUCUCUCCCUACACCACCUACGUCUGCAAAGUAAUCCUGUACAACAUUGCCGGAGCCAUGGAACCACUGACUACGGCUGGUCUGCAGACCACAACCUACUUUCCCGAGCAGCCGGAGGAGGUUGAGCUGAGAGGAGCCACCGAUAGCAGCCUGCUGUUUGGCUGGAUUGAACCCACCUACACAAAUGGACCCAUCAAGUACUACCAGACCUUCCUGAUGCGCCACGAGGCCAGCUACUUUGUGCCCGAGCACUGUGCGGCGGUUGUUCAGGACACCAAGUCGGAGACCAAGGGCGAGCCCAAUGUCAACUUCACGGGCCUGGCUCCGGCGGUGCGCUAUAUGAUGCAGGUGGCGGCCCAGAAUGAUUUCGGCAUGGGCGUCUUUACUAGUCCCGUGAUUGGAAUUACCUUACCCUCAGUAUCCGACAUCGUGACCCACUUGACCGUAACGCCCCAGGGUCCGGAGAACAGCAACACCGAGUACAGCGCCAACGUGACGAUCACCUGGAAGGUGCCCUGCAAGUCGAACGGCGACAUCGAGUACUUCCAUCUGGGCUUCAAGGGCACGAGGGAUCAGUACUCCACAAUCGAAUUUCAGCGCAAGGUGGAACUGGACACGGGGAACCCGCUGGGACAGGUUACCUACACGGAGACGGAGAUGAAUCCUCAGUACGACUACACGGUGCAGGUGACUGUGAAGAAUAAAAAGGUGCAACGACUAAGCGGCAGCGUGGAGGGCAAGUGGCAAUCCCCUGCGGGGUUGCCCAGCGCACCGAGUGAGGAGCUGAUAAAGCAAAUGCGUGCCAAUGUGGAGGAGACCAGCAGUCCAACGAAAACGGCUAUCGUGCGUCUCCCAGCGGACAUCAUGACCUCCGACUCGGGGGACAUCAAGUACGUGGCGCUGAUGAUCUCGCGCAGGAGCUGUGCCGGAGUUCCAGCCCUGGAGUACGAUACAACGGGUGACGUUUGGCCCCCGGUUCUGUCCUACCAGGAGGCCGGAGCCGAUGGCACCGGGGACUGCAGCCUGCAGUACCAAACCACGGAGGAGCGGUGGCAUCCGGUGCCCGUCCAGCGGCAGGGAAGGAUUGUGGAGGUGAACUCCACUUCCUCGUCCACUGAGGAAAUAGUUUUCACCAUCGGCCUGGACAAGUGUUCGGAGGUCACGAAAAGAUUCUGCAAUGGCCCACUGCUGCCCGAUACGGACUACAAUGUGGUCGUACGACUCUUCACCGCCUCUGGUUACAGCGAUGCUGCGGUCCUGAACUUCAAGACCAAGGCGGCCAUCAAGGUCACCCUAAUCCUGGUCAGCGUUUGCAGCUGUCUGUUGCUAGCCUUUGUCCUGGGCUUGGCGGUUCUUUGGGUGCGAAAGCGAUUGGCUUGGAAACGCGACUCUGGGCAGGGCAUUGAGGAUCCCUUUGGCAAUGUCAUAGCCAAGAACUUCGCCAUCUUCUAUGCCGAGGUGGCCAAGCCGGAGAAGCUGGCUAGGGAGUUCAAGGAGAUCACCGUGGUGGCCCUGGAGCUCAGCUAUGCCGCCUCCGAGCUGGGUUGCCACAAGAAUCGCUAUGCGGACAUAUAUCCUUAUGACAAGAACCGUGUGAUCCUGGACAUAGAUGCGGAGGGAUCGGACUACAUCAAUGCCUCUUUUAUAGAUGGUCACACACGCAAGAAGGAGUACAUAGCCACCCAGGGACCCAAACCGGAGAGUGUGAUGGACUUUUGGCGCAUGAUCCUGCAGUACAAUGUGCGGGUCAUAGUUCAGGUUACCCAGUUUCGAGAGGGCAAUACGGUCAAGUGCCAUGAGUACUACCCCUAUAGCAUGCGUGGCCUGGUGGUGACCGUGAAGUCCAAGGAGAUCUUUGAGCUGUACGAUCGCACCGAGCUGACAGUGGUGCACGACAAGUAUGGGUUGAAGGAGAAGGUGGUUCACUUCUACUUCAAGAAGUGGCCCGAUCACGGCUGUCCCGAGGACCCCAUGCACCUGAUCACCCUCGUCAAGAAGGUGAAGGCGGAACGGCGGCCCAGCUACUCGCCCAUUGUGGUCCACUGCAGUGCUGGAGUGGGCAGGACGGGCACCUUUAUAGGUCUGGAUCUGAUCAUGCAGCGUUUGAAGAGCGAGUCGAAGAUAAACAUAUUCGAAACAGUCAAAAAGUUACGAUUUCAGCGCAUGAAAAUGGUCCAGACGCAGCAGCAGUACACAUUCCUCUACGCCUGCACCUAUGAGCUGGUGAAGCACAAGAUUCCCCGCGCUGCCUUGAAAAUGGAGGGACGUCCCAAGUCCGUCAGUAUACCAGCUAUUACGGCUCCCAAGAAGGUGAGCUUCCCGGAUGUGGAUGUCGGCAGCGGGGACAAUGGAUUCGUGGCAUCUGCUCCAAUGGCCGAUCUGGAGAACGGUGUGCCCACCCUGCAGCUACCGGCACGAUUAAAUGGACUCCGAAGUAAUAAUCCACCAGAGGGAAGCGAAGGAGCCACUGCGAGCAGCAAUAUGUGAGAGUGUUUGUCCAUAGCAUUUAUGCCAACGAGCACAACUCAUCAGCAAUAGUAGCCAAAGAAAAUGUGUCUAAACUUGUAUUUAAAAAACUGUUUUUGUACAUAAAUGUUAUUUAUGAAAAAGAAAUUGUAUAGCCGUCAAAAAAGUUUUUUUUUGUGUAUU